AUGUCCAAUAAUUCUUCUAAUCAUCAAAGUCAAGAAAGCACAGAAAGCGAUUCAGAAUAUUCUUCCAAACUAAAUAUUAAUUUGGGUGCUUUACAAAAGUCUGCAUCAAAUGUAUUUCAUAUACAAUAUACCUCUAUACAAGAAUUUAGUGAAGGUAGUUUUCAUAAAGUAUAUAUCUUAAAGAUGGAAGAUAGUAAUAAAUAUAUUGGAAGAGUAGCAUUCCCUGUAUAUUCACAAUGGAAGACAGAAUAUGAGGUGGCAGUUAUAGAGUAUAUUCAUUUAAAUACACAUAUUCCUGUUUCCAAAGUUUAUUAUUGGAAUAAUUCUGUCAAUAAUCUGGUAGAAACAAAAUAUAUUUUAAUAGAGUAUUUACCUGACAUUCAAUUGGAACUUAAAAAACUUAUAUUUUCAAAAAUUGGUAGUAUUUUUUUCGAUAGUAAAAAUGAUCAAUUUAAACUUGGUCAAGAUGAUGGAAAUGACACAUUUGUAUUAACGCAUAUAGACUUUUACACAUCAAACAUUCUUGUCAAAAAUGAUGAAAUAACAGGAGUUAUAGACUGGGAAUGUUCUG